AUGAACUGCCUUAGAGACUCCGGCCCCGGAUUUUUCCUCAGGCAAGCAACAACGUUUGCAUCGGAACAAUUCCCAAUUCAAGAGCAAGCACCCGUGUUUGUACCAGAACAGUUACCGCUUGAGCAGCAAGCACCAAUGUUUGCACCGGAACAAUUCUCGCUUGAUCAGCAAGCACCAAUAUUUGCACCGGAACAGUUCCCGCUUGAUCUGCAAGCACCAAUGUAUGCACCGGAACAAUUCUCGCUUGAUCAGCAAGCACCAAUGUAUGCACCGGAACAGUUCUCGCUUGAUCAGCAAGCACCAAUGUAUGCACCGGAACAGUUCCCGCUUGAUCAGCAAGCACCAAUGUUUGCACCGGAACAAUUCUCGCUUGAUCAGCAAGCACCAAUGUAUGCACCGGAACAGUUCCCGCUUGAUCUGCAAGCACCAAUGUAUGCACCGGAACAGUUCCCGCUUGAUCAGCAAGCACCAACGUUUGCACCGGAACAAUUCUCGCUUGAUCAGCAAGCACCAACGUUUGCACCGGAACAAUUCUCGCUUGAUCAGCAAGCACCAACGUUUGCACCGGAACAAUUCUCGCUUGAUCAGCAAGCACCAAUGUUUGCACCGGAACAAUUCUCGCUUGAUCAGCAAGCACCAACGUUUGCACCGGAACAAUUCUCGCUUGAUCAGCAAGCACCAAUGUUUGCACCGGAACAAUUCUCGCUUGAUCAGCAAGCACCAACGUUUGCACCGGAACAAUUCUCGCUUGAUCAGCAAGCACCAAUGUUUGCACCGGAACAAUUCUCGCUUGAUCAGCAAGCACCAAUGUUUGCACCGGAACAAUUCUCGCUUGAUCAGCAAGCACCAACGUUUGCACCGGAACAAUUCUCGCUUGAUCAGCAAGCACCAAUGUAUGCACCGGAACAGUUCCCGCUUGAUCAGCAAGCACCAACGUUUGCACCGGAACAAUUCCAAUUCAAGAGCAAGCACCAAUGUAUGCACCGGAACAGUUCCCGCUUGAUCAGCAAGCACCAACGUUUGCACCGGAACAAUUCCAAUUCAAGAGCAAGCACCAAUGUUUGCACCGGAACAAUUCUCGCUUGA